GUUCUCCCCCCCCCCCCCCCCCCUCCUCUCUCUCUCGACCGUCGACUAUGUCUACGUUCCACUUUCUUUUUAUUCUCUCUAUCUUUUUCUCUCCAACUCUCUCCUUUCGAUCCGAUGAACUCCUCAUCGACGACGAGGAGUUCGGCCUGGAAGGAGGAGUGCAGGCGCAACCCUUGUCCCCUGAUCUGGUGAACACCCGAUCAUCCCCACCUCCAGCAACGGCAACGACGACGACACGCAAGAAGUAUUCCGACACGGAUUCGGACUCCAAGAUCCAGUUUUUACUCGAGCACGCCUUUGGAGACUCCGAGUUCUCAUCUGCUGGGACUUUCACUGCUCGCCUCAAAACUUGGAACCAUGGCGGCCAGACACUAACAAAGCUGCGCUUUUCAAGAAAUGCUUUUACAGACUUGGAGAAGGAGAAGUUUCAAAAUCUACUGAAAGGAGAUGACUUUUAUAAGAUAAGGCUGCCAUCCAAUGUGUUGAGUCCUCCUGGGAGGGAACAUAUUAUUUCCUCGGUGAAAGCAAGAUGUCUUCCACGAGAAGGAUUGGAUGAACAUUUUGUUAUACACAUGGAAGGUGGAAAUAUCUUAGCCGUUAAUUAUGGUACCCCCGGGGCAUGCUCACAUCCCCGUCAACUGAAACUUCCUGCAAAGUGGUCUUUCAAUUCGCACACGGUUUUGAAGAACAGUGAGCAGGCACCAAGAGCUCCUAUAUUUUCUGAAGAUUUACUUGGUGGGGAGACUGGAGAAGGUGAAGCUUUACAGCCACCAGAGCGGUCCUUCUGGGCUAAAUAUUGGAUGUACCUGAUCCCUCUUGGACUGAUUGUCAUGAACGCAAUAACCCAAGCAAUGAAUAUGGCAGAGGAGCCAGCUGGUGGCCAACCGUUGCAGCAAGGGACUGCAGUUCAGCGUGGGCCAACUGCUGCUGCCCGGAGAAGAUGAUGGGUUUGCUUGCCUCUAUCCUCUCAGUAACUUAUGCAAAAUCAUCUAGGAUAAAGGGAGAGAUAAGAUAGAUUGACCUUUGCUUUGAAACUGUAACACCUUUUUUAAAUUAUAUCGGUAUCCUGCUACUGUUCCAAUCCAGAAGCACCUGCAAGAAAACGUAUUCUGAAGCAUUUAGCAAGGCAAAGCCAUGACCAUUUCCCCAA